AUGAGACUCGCCGACUUUUUACCUCUUCCAGAACGCCCGAGAACCCUGAUGAUUCACAUUGAGCAUGGAGGAAUCAGGGCUUCUCGAAUAGAGCCUGAGAACCGACCCUCCGCCGACAGCCCGGAAGCAGCCAUGAACUCACUUGGCGCCCGCGAAGAACACCCUUUCCUCAGAGACACGGACACCAGUAACUUCCUAUUACAGAGCAAGGUCACGCGGAUGUUCGAGACCACUCAGAUGCAGCCGGCUCUAUCUGAGCUUCCCCUCCUUCAAGCAUGCGCAGGGCUGAAUUGCUACAAGUCCCAGCGGUAG